AAUUUGUUUAAUCAUCAACACCUGAUUUGGGUUCCUUACUGGAAUGAUGUACCAUACACAGGCGAAAUAUGACUUACUUUAAUUUGUGUUUCAAGUUAUUUGAAUUAUUCUUUGAGUUUCAACACGAUGUACGAACCAUUUGCUACGUUUGAAGAAUAUUUUCAGGGUGAACAAAAAAAAUAUGAACAACUUAAACUCGGUGACGUUGAAAAGUUAAAAGAAAGCUUGGCAGCAGAAAAAAAAUUGUCAUCACCUUUAACAGAUAAAAAACUUGUUGCGUUACUUCAUAGCUGUUUUUUCGAUUUGGAUUUGGCUCGAAAAACAGCCAUAUACUGUCGUAAGAGUUACCUAGAUCUCUCAUACAUAUUCGCUGAGCUGGACCCGAUUUCGGAAUCAAUGCAAACAUGUCAAAAAACAAUGAGCGUUUGUGAUUUGACUCAUGACAAAACAGGUAAAGGGGUUCGUUACGUCUUUAUUCAAUUUCAAGAUUUUGAUCCACGAAAGUUUGAGUUUACAUCCUUAUUAAAGGCAUUGGUCAUGUAUAUAGAAUACAUAUUAUUGUGCAAUGGUACAUUUGAUGGAGUUGUGUAUAUAGUUAAUUGUAUUGGCAUGCAUUGGCGUCACGUAUUAAAAAUUCCCUUAUCUACAGCCAAAAGAUUUAUAUCUUUUUUUCAAGAAGGCCUUCCGUUAAGAUUGAAAGAAGUUCAUUUCAUUAACGCUGGAAGUUCAUUUAUGAUGCUGUAUAAACUUCUUACACCAUUUAUUAGUGAGGAUUUAAAAGAGCAAAUAAAAUUACAUGCAGUCGGUUCUGAUGACAUUUUCACAUCUGUACCAAAAUCUAUUCUGCCGAUAGAAGCUGGAGGACAAGCAAAAUCGCACAUUGACUUAAACGAAUUGAUGUACACAAACUUAUUCAAUUGCCGCGAGUGGUUUAUUCAGCAGAAUGACUCGUUGAAAAAGCAAUUCAAAUAAUUAAAAUUGUUAACUAUAGAAAUUGUUUAUCUACUUAUUUGUUUUAAGAAGGGAAUGUUGUUCUUAUUAUUUGUAUAAUUAAAUUUCACACAAUUAGAUGGUCAUAACGUAAUACCUUAAUAUUAAUUUAAAAAAUAUAUAUUAUUUACAUUGCUUAUAUUAUAAUAAUUUAUUACACUUAAAUUUAAUUAUUAUUGUCUUAAUUCAUAUUUUUUUUUUACAUGUAUGCUUAUUUUUUAAUAUAUAUUGCAAAUGUGUGUCAUAUUAGCAUUUCGACCUUCAAAUUAUAUUCCCACAAAUAUUAUUUAACCAUAGAACUAAAUAAAACUUUUUAAAAGAAUCUACAACCGGGUUAGGUUUCCAUAUUGGAAUGAUAUAACAAAAAAAAAAAAAAACUUACCUACUCGAAUUUGUGUCUUAAGUUAUUUGAAUUUCAAUACAAUGUACGAACCUUUUGCUACGUUUGAAGAAUAUUUUCAGGGUGAACAAAACAAAUAUAAACAACUUAAACUAGAUGACGUUGAAAAGUUAAAAGACAGCUUGGCAGCAGAAAAAAAAUUAUCAUCACCUUUAACAGGUA